AUGGCAAACCUGCCAUCGCAUGGUGUCAUAAACCCUCAAGUGUUUACUCCGCACGAUGAAGUGGAGGAACUGGUCAACGGGUUUCUGUCUGAAGAGAAGCUGAUUACGCUAACGGGAACGAGCAGCCUGGAUAGCGUACAGUAUUUGGAGAUGAAGGUCGAUGUACGAAAGACAAGUUUGGGGACACUUGGAAAACUCUUGCCAACGCUGAAGCAGCUGAAAUUGAAUAACAGUUAUAUUCCUACCAUUCGGGACAUUGGGUCGGGGUUCGACAAUUUGGCGGUACUCUGGAUGGCCCGAUGUGACUUGACUGAUAUCGAUGGUAUCGGCUACAUGACGUCUCUCCAAGAAGUUUAUUUGGCACACAACGAGAUUUCGGAUCUCAGCAGUUUGAGCAUGUUGGAUAACCUUCAAAUCCUAGAUCUUGAAGGGUGGAUGUUUCCGGACAGGAAUGCCAUAGAAGAUCUUGCCCAGAUCGACUACUUGGCGGUAUGUACCAACCUACGACAGUUGACGAUCGGCGGGAACCCUAUUGCAGGGGAAGGUGAUGCGACAUUGUCAUCAGAGGGACGACACCCAACACGAAGAAAACAUCCUGAUUGGAGACGGACAGUGUGUUCAAUAUUACCCAACCUGAGGAUUCUGGAUGACAUUCCCGUGGCGGGGCCGGACAAGGAACCUCCUGGUACCAAUGAACAAUCAACGAGUGAUCCUGCAGUGCAUAUGAUUCCAGUACCGCCAACAGGUCGGCCACGGUCAGCAUCCGCAAGACGCCCACGAACGGCUGGAGGAAGGCCAUUCACACCCCCUGGAAUACCACGGCCAGUCGAAGACACAAGUAGCGGACUAACACAUGGUACCGGGCAAAUCAUGGCAGGAAACCCAAUCCUAUUCCUCCGGAGACGACGUAGUAGCGCACAACCACCUGCUUCCAUGCUCAUAAAACCAGAAAAGGAUUCAUCUUCAAUUCUGCCCAUGUACGAGAAUAAAAUCACAUAA